UUUGCAGCUUUCCGAGAGCCGAGGAGCGGAGCGCGCUCUGCUGCGCCGCGAGCCUUGGGCUGGACCGAAAAGCGAGCGGGAGAACCAGCAAAAGGCGCGAUAGAAGGAAAGGAAAGGCAAGCGGAACGCCGACCCGGCCGGCCCCAACCCGCUUCCCCGUCCAUCGCCGGGCUGGUCGCGUUCACUUCUGUAACUGAGAUGGAUAUGAUGUAACCUCCACUGAGUCAAAGAAUGGCAUCUAGUCCUGAGCUUUCCACUGAAGACGAACAAGUUUCCGUGGGCAUUGAGGAUCUCCAUAUUUCGCUGCAAGCUGAACAGGAAGACACUCAGAAGAAAACAUUCACCUACUGGGUAAACUCACAGUUGGCAAAGCACACCCCUCCAUCAGUUAUAUCAGAUCUAUUCACAGACAUUAAAAAGGGGCAUGUCCUUCUGGACCUGCUAGAAGUACUAUCAGGACAACAGUUGCCUCGAGAUAAAGGAUCUAAGGCAUUCCAAUGUAGAAUCAAUGUAGAACAUGCCCUGACAUUCCUAAAAAACCAAUCAAUCAAGCUAAUAAAUAUUCAUGUUACUGAUAUUAUAGAUGGAAACCCAUCCAUUAUUCUUGGCCUAAUUUGGACAAUUAUACUGCACUUUCAUAUCGAAGAACUUGCCCAGACUCUUUCUUGCAAUUACAAUCAGCCUUCCCCAGAUGACAUGAGUGUGGUUGACUCGUCUCCUGCUGCAAGUCCUCCAGCUAAGAAAUGCUCCAAAGCCCAAGAAAGAUGGCAGAUGUCUGCAAAGAAGGCUCUUCUCUUGUGGGCUCAGGAGCAAUGUGCCACGUAUGGGUCUGUUAGUGUGACAGAUUUUAAGUCAAGCUGGAGAAAUGGGAUGGCUUUUCUGGCUGUCAUUCAUGCCUUGAGACCAGGCCUAAUUGACAUGAAGAGUGUAAAGCAUAGAUCCAACAAAGAGAAUCUGAAAGAGGCUUUCAGAAUUGCAGAAGAAGAACUAAAAAUCCCUAAAUUGCUGGAACCAGAAGAUGUGGAUGUUGUUAAUCCUGAUGAAAAGUCGAUCAUGACCUAUGUGGCACAGUUUCUAAAGUAUUCAAAAGACACAUCUGAAACUCGAGAUAAACCUCAGGGAAAGGUGAAAGAUGCUAUGGACUGGUUAACUCUACAAGAGAGAAAACUACAGAAAAUGCUGAAGGAUUCAGAAAAUGCAACCUACUAUAAAAACUAUGAAAGCCUACUGUCCUUUUUGGAGUCAUUCAGUGAAGAAAGAAAACCCUUUUUGGACAUCCUGUUGAUAAAAAGGAAUCUGGAUGAGCUGAAUGAAGAUCAGUUACAGUUGAGAGAAGUCUGGGAUGGCCUCAACAGCCAGAUUAAUGUGUGGAAAACAAAACUGAAUCAUGCUUUGCCCUCACCCCUCCAUCAAAUUGAAGCUUGGCUCCAGGAGGUAGAGGAGUUUAUAGGUGAAGAUUUGCCAGCCUCCCAGGAUUACUGUGAAGCCAUGGCUCUAAUGCAAGAGAAAAUUACUUUAUUCAAGAGUCACAUGGAUAAAUUUGACUGGCAUUUAAAUAGUCUCCUGGCAUUUGAAAAUAGAGAUGAAAAGCAUUUGCCAUUGGUACCACCAAACAAAUUGGAGGAAAUGAAAAGACGAAUCAACAACAUUUCGGGGAAAAAAUUCAUUCCACUUCUACAGUUUCAUUACUAUAAGUUCUCAGUUCUUCGUUUGCUAGAUGAAGUGAAAUCAAAAUUGGAUGUUUGGAACAUCAAAUAUGGGAAUAAAGAGUCUGUGGAAUUAUUGCUGGAAGACUGGCGUAAAUUUAUUGAAGAAAAGGAGUUCCUAGCCCAACUUGAAACUUCUUUUCAACAAUGUGAAGAAAUUCAUAAGAAUUUGGCUGGAGAAUAUCAGAACAUUAGUAAACAAUAUGCAAUGGUGGAAUAUAAUAUUUGUAUCUAUAGAAAAAAUAUAGAUAACGUGAAGUCCACACUACAAAAAGUUCUGGCGUGUUGGGCUACUUACGUGGAAAACCUUCGCUUACUAAAGACUUAUUUUGAGGAGAUGAAGAAGGAGAAGAUUGAAGAGGUUCCCUCUGAGACACUAUCCCUAUGGAAUCGAGACCAUACUACUUUAAACGAAGUGGGAAAUUUCUUAAUUCAAGUCAGCAAUGAUGAAGUUGGAUCAUCUAUUUCUAAAGAACUGAGAAGGCUGAAUAAAAGAUGGAGAAAGUUCAUUACAAAAACUCAGCUUGAAAUGAAACUGCCACUUCAAACAAAACAGUUUCAGCCCAUUCCUGACAAUUCUGGAAAUACUCAACUAUCUAAAGAAGAAAAACCAACUAUUGAUUUUUCAAUGGUUAUGUCAGGAGAACUUCCUGAAAAUCACAAUCAGGAUAUAAAGGCUAGAGAAGAACAUGAAAAAGCAAGUGAAGAAUUUACAGGGCAAUUAAAACUGGCUGAAGAUGUUGAAAAACUCAUUGAACAAGUGGAAAUCUGGGAGGCAGAAACCAGAUCUGUCUUAGAUCUUCUGAGACAUCAAGAUGAUAUAGAUAGCUCAGUGGAAGAAUCUUUGCAGCAUCUUAUUGCCAAAGGCUCUAUGUAUGAAGAGCUUGUGUCUAGAACUGAAGAUACUUUACAAAUGGAUGUACAAAAUAUUUCAAGCCAGGAAUCCCUUGAACAUGUUCUCACAGCUGGUCUUCAGGCAAAGAUUCAAGAAGCUAAAGAGAAAGUCCAGAUCAGUGUGGUGAAAUUAGUUGCAGUGUUGAAAAACUCCACUGACAUUUCACCAGACCUGGACGUCAGGCUGAAGGUGGAAGAAUCGCAGAAGGAACUCGAAUCAUACAUUGCAAGGGCUGAGCAGUUACUUAGCCAAAGAAAGAGCCAGAGUGGACUAAUUUCAAAAUACAAGGAAGCACUAAAAAUUUUUAAUACUAGAAGUCUGGCCAAGUAUUUAAAAGCUGUUGAAGAACUGAAAAAUAAUGCAAGUGAGGAUGUAAAGCUGUCUUUGGAAGAAGAGAGUAGAGGUUUCUGCGCCAAAUGGGAGUCUCUUCAUCAUGAAAUGUCUUUGUAUAUUCAACAACUAAAAAUAGACAUUGAAAAAGGAAAACUUAGUGACAGUAUUUCAAAACUUGAAAAACAAAUAAAUAAAGAAAAGAAACUGAUUCGCAGAGGAAGGACCAAGGGUCUCCUCAAGGAACAUGAGGCCUGCUUUUCUGAGGAAGGCAAUCUGUACCAGCUCGAUCACCACUUGGCUGUCCUGCAGGAGCUGUGUGAAGAGCUGACUUCACAGAGGAGUCAACAAGACACGAGGAGAGUGCUCACAGAUUAUGAACAAAAGAUAGAAAGACUUCGGAAACGUGCUUCCGAGAUACGUAUGACCCUGCAGCCCACAGUGGGAGGCACGUCGAUAAACAAGGGGAUGAUGAGCACAUCUGAAAAUGGAGGAAGGGAGGCCCACUGUGAGAUGCCAUCUGCAAACUCAGAUGAUCAGCCUUCAGCUGAAAAGGUGUUAAAUGUGGAUAAUGCAAUGGAAUCGAGUGAGAGUUUCAGCGUGGGAUCUGAAUUAAAGCCUCAGCAGGAAGAAAGCAUUAUGGAGAAGUAUGAAAAGGAUCAUAAUGCAUCUGUAAAUAGUUUACGAGAGAGGUAA